AUGGAGGACUGCGAAAGCGAAACUGAACUCAAAAGGAAUAAGGACCGCAGUCCAUCACCAGGUAUCAAAUCAACAGCUGUUGUAAAGUACACUGCCUUUCAAAGUCCCGUUAGAUAUGCGAGAUUACAGUGCAACACUGAUCUCAAUUUGCCACCAUCCAACUGGGGUGCUGCUAUAGACUCUUAUGGAUUGAAACAAAUAUUAACUAGAGGGACAGGUUUAUCAAGCUUCAGGAUGGCGCACAUGUUCCCGGAUUGUGUUGGGGAAGUGGAUGUUAUAUCAGACGCAGAAUGCAUAAAGAAGCUGCUUAAGUUACCGUAUCAACCUAAUGGGACUGUCAGCAUGAUGGUUCACAGAGUUGAGAACACACUGCUUCUAGACGACUUCGACGUUUACGACUACCUAAUGAAAUCGGAGUGGUCCUGGCUCAAGGAUUUCUUCUAUGAGAACAUUGUUAAGACCAUGUCGGAACAGGAGCGGGUGCUGCUGACGCCGGGGGCGGGGGCCGGCCGCGCCCUGCGGCUGACGCAGCAGUUCCUGUCGCACAGCGUGGCGGAGCGCCCGCCGCCUCUCGGGGCUCCGGCGCGCGCCGACCGCACGCCCGUCUGCCUCGCGGGGCCGUUCCUGCCGGAGCCGGAGACGAAGGUCGAGGGCCCGCCGAACGAGCACCUCCACAACAGGAACGUGCUCUGGACCUUCGAGGACAUCCGCAUGCUCGUCGGCAGCGACCUCCCCAUCUUCGGGGACAAGGACCGGCCCUGCGUCAGCCUGCGCCUGAGGGACAUGCGCGAGCCGAUCAACGUCCUCACCGGCAUCGACUACUGGCUGGACAACCUCAUGUGCAACGUCCCCGAGGUGCUCAUGUGCUACCACCUGGACGGGAUCGUCCAGAAGUACGAGCCGAUGAAGACCGAGGACCUGCCCAACAUGGAGGACUCGCGCUUCUCGCCGCGCGUCGUCAGGAACGUGGCGCAGAACAUCCUCUCGUUCCUCAAGGCGAACGCGACCCGGCCGGGUCACACGUACUGGCUGUUCAAGGGGCCGCACGACGACGUGGUCAAGCUGUACGACCUGACCUCCCUCUGCCCCGAGGGGCUGGACAACCCGUUCACCACCCCGGUGGCGAUGCUGCUGUACCGCGUCGCGAGGAACAUGAGGAUGACGAACCGCUCGCGGCACGUGAAGCAACUCCUCGAGCACGUGGUGCGGCUGCUGAAGGCCGAGAGCUACCCGCAGAUAGUGGCCUCCUCGCACUACAUGCUGGCGGACCUCUACGUGCCGGCGACCACCAACCCGGCCUGCCCCGACUUCAAAGACGAGAGCUCCGACACGGACGACGAAGCGGACUUCGGCGAUUGCGCCGAGUUCGCGAAGGAGGGGGACGGCGAUAUGUGCGAGCGAGACGGCGAAACGGGCGGGGCGCGCGACCCCGAGAGGGUGGAGAUCACCAGCGACCACUCCGACAAGGAGGACGAAUCCACGGAAGGGGGCGGAGGUGAGGGUUCGAAGCGGCAGGAGGCGCAAGAGGCCGGAGAUGGGGAGAGGCAGUUGGCGCUCAGACAUAUCGGGGACCGCAUAAAAGAGGCUGUGCCGGUGAGCCUUCGACCCGAAGGGGAAGGGGCGGCGGGGGGGGCGGAGCAGGGGGGGCUGGGCGCGGAGGUGCCGGAGCGCUGCGGGCGGGCCCUCAGGCACGCGCUGCAAGGGCUGCAAGCGCUGCACCACGUCACCAUCGCCAGGGAUAAGGAGGAGGAGCGCGAGCGUCUGAAGCGGCAGGUGCUCAUCGAGGAGCAGCACCCGAAGAUGGCCAACCCCUACGAGCCGAUACAGAUGGAGUACGCGCCGCUGCGGAGGCGGGGCGCGGGGGCGGGGGCCACCGGCAGGGGGGGAGGGGCGGCCACCAGAGGGGGAGGGGCGGCGGCAGGAGGGGGGAGGAGGAGGAGGCGCGAGAAGCGGCCCGAGCGCUCCGCCCAUUUGUUGGUCGAGGCCACGGGGCCAGACCGCAACGCGAUCCUGGUGCGUGGGGGCGGAGGCCUAGCUUCGUGGCGAGAGCCCGGCCGAGACGACAACUUCGCGUGGAAACUCCAUCUCAAGACGCUGCUGUACGAGAAGAUAUGCCUCGCGUACGCCACGCUAGCGGAGCACAGCUACACGCGGCAGCAGCACGGCUUCUCGCUGAAGUACAUCCGGAUGGCGGCCAGGUGCCAGACGCUGCUGGGCGGCAUGAUCAUCCGCAGCCGCGUGGUGGACGCCGGCUGCCUGGUGGGCCGCGCGGGCGACAACCUGUUCCAGCUGAGCCGGCGCUGGGCGGCGCGCGAGCAGUACGCGCGCCAGCUGGCCGCGGAGCACGAGACCGACGCGCGCCUCGCCGACGAGAUCGCGCGCGACCUGGACGAGGAGCUGGACGGCGCGGCCAGCGACGAGUUCGAGAUCGACAUAUCGCUGCCGUCGACCGAGGUGGAGGCGAUGUUGCGCUCGUGCGAGCACUACCGCAGGGCGGCACGAGUGUCGGGCGCCAAGCGGGGCGAGCUGAUGCGCCGGCUCGCCUCCGUCUGCAACGAGCUGGCCGUGCGCUUCAUGAACGACGCGCAGCAGCUGUACGCGCAGUACGUGGAGUGCACGACGGAGGCGGAUGCGGAGGCGGCAGCGGGCAAGGGAACGGAUACCGAAGCGGUGGCUGAAGCGAAGGCGGAGACUGAUGACGGAACGGAGCGAAACGCGGGAGCGGUAGCGGAAGCGAAAACGGAAACGAAAGCAAAAGCAGAAGCGAAAGUAGAAGACAAAGCAGAAGCGGCAGCGGAAGCGAAACCGGAAGCCGAAGUGGAAGUGAAAGCGGGAGCCGAAACGCAAGCGGGAAUGGGAGCGAAAGCAGGAGCGGAGGCGGAAGAUGGUGCAAAAGCGGCAGCGAAAGGAGGCAGGGACACUGAGUCGGCGGAGGGGGCGAAAGCGCGGGAGAGCCGUGCGCGCGCCCUGGCCGAGCAGGUGACGAGCCUGUCGCGCCGCUCGGCCGAGUGCCUGGACGAGGCCAGCGCCAUCUUCGAGCAGGUCAACGACCUGCCCAACCUGGCGCUGCUCUACUGCAACAAGGCGCGCUACCUGCGCUUCAAGGCGCACUGCGACAUCGCCGCUCUCGGCGUGGACAAGCGGGCCCUGUACGGCGAGGCGGAGGCGCUGUACCUGUCCGCGCUGCGGCUGCUGGGCCCGCGGGACAGCUGCGCGCCCUCCAUCUGGGAGCUGGUCUCCUGGGAGCUCUCCUGCCACCUCUACACGCGCGCCGUGCUCAUGCAGGACUGCCCCGGGCCCCAACCACACGAGGCGUCGGAGGUGGCGGACGCGUUCAAGCACGCGCUGAAGUACUGCCUGCUGAGCCCAGGGCCCCGCCAGUACCUCUACCAGUUCCGCGCCGCGAUGAUAUACCACCGGCUUGGUUCGUUGUACCACUCCCAGUUCAGGACCACGACGGAGGAGGGCGCCCGCAGACGGGCCCUGCUCGCCGCGACCCGCUCCAACUACGAGGCGGCGGCCAAUCUGUUCGCCGCGCUCGAAGACGCCGGCAUGUUCCUCACGGUGCGCCUGGAGCACUGCGCCGCCAUGGAGGCGCACGCCGCAGUGUCGCCCAGCCUGAAGCUGAAGUCCCUCCAGACGGCGGUCCAACUCCUGCGCCAGUGCCACUCCGUCAUGAGGCUGCUCAAGGAGCGGGGCGCCGAGGAACGGGACCAGGCGAAGGCAGAAGACGGCGACGAGAGACCGAUAGGCAGCGAGCUCAGCCUGCUCUGCCUAUACGAGAACCGGCUCCACUACAUACUGCGCAGCAUCAUACAGUACUGCCGGUCGAAAUCCAACAAAGACUACGAGCGGAUGUCGGCCAUGUACAAGUCGCUAUACUGCGUGAGCCUGAAGAUAAAGCGAGACGAAGACGUGAAGGCGUACGCCGCUAGCAUCUGCGACGUGUUGACCGCUAUGGACGAGAUAUCGAAAGAGUACGAG